UCACGUAAAUUGCGUCCACUUGACUUGGGCUUACAUUGACAGAUGUUUCCUGCUCAUGAUUGUUCGGGACUUGGCUGUGCGACUAAUCGUCUUAUCGACAGUAAUCAGCCUGAGGUUGUGGUCGGAGCGGAGAGCUGAUUCCUCGGCAACUGGGUACAGCGAUGGCCGAUCGAUGAUCAUCCAGUUCUCACAAACGAUACCGGCGCGUUACGAAACCCGCAAGCGUGCCUUAAGCAACACAGUGUAUGCCACCGCAUCAUUUCUUAUUGAGGUACAGUGAGCAUGUCAGCAAUUGUCAAAUGUUCCCAGAGGUUCAGCGUUUCCCUUGAUUUGUGUUCUACCAAUCGGCACUGUCAAAUUGACACCGAAAGAAACG